GAGCGGUGGCACCGCGGGCGGGGUGCACUGGCUGCCUAGCACCCGGCCCAGCGUGGUCUCCGAUCUGUUCGCCAUGGACCGCGGCGGCGACUCCAAGGCCCCCAAAGUCUCCUUCCUGGAGAAUCUCUCCGGAACCGGCAAAGCCAUCGGCGUGCUGACCAGCGGCGGGGAUGCCCAAGGUAUGAAUGCCGCUGUCCGUGCCGUCGUGCGCAUGGGGAUCUACACAGGGGCCAAGGUGUACUUCAUCUAUGAGGGCUACCAAGGCAUGGUGGAUGGCGGCAACAACAUCAUGGAAGCGAACUGGGAGAGCGUCUCCAGCAUUCUGCAAGUGGGCGGGACCAUCAUUGGCAGCGCCCGGUGCAAAGCCUUCCGCACCCGGGAAGGCCGCUUGAAAGCCGCCCACAACCUGGUGCAGCGGGGCAUCACCAACCUGUGUGUGAUCGGCGGGGACGGCAGCCUCACCGGGGCCAACAUCUUCCGGGAGGAGUGGAGCGCGCUGCUGGAGGAGCUGGCCCAAGACGGCAAGAUCAGCAAGGAGGAUGUGCAGAAGCACGGGUACCUCAACGUUGUGGGCAUGGUGGGCUCCAUCGACAACGACUUCUGCGGCACAGACAUGACCAUCGGCACUGACUCGGCUCUGCACCGCAUCAUUGAAGUCGUGGACGCUAUCAUGACGACGGCCCAGAGCCACCAGAGGACCUUCGUUCUCGAGGUGAUGGGGAGACACUGCGGGUACCUCGCCUUGGUGAGCGCCUUGGCCUGUGGGGCGGACUGGGUGUUCCUCCCGGAGUCUCCGCCGGAGGAGGGCUGGCAGGAGAGGAUGUGCGUCAAGCUAUCAGAGAACCGGGCCCGGAAGAAAAGGCUGAACAUCAUCAUUGUGUCCGAAGGAGCAAUCGACACCCAAAACAAACCUAUUACCUCGGAGCAAAUCAAGGAUCUGGUGGUGACGCAGCUGGGAUACGACACCCGCGUGACCAUCCUCGGACACGUGCAGAGAGGCGGGACGCCGUCGGCCUUUGACAGGAUUUUGGCCAGCCGCAUGGGGGUGGAGGCCGUGGUCGCCCUGCUGCAGGCCACACCAGAGACCCCGGCCUGCGUGGUGUCGCUGAGCGGGAACCAGGCAGUGCGCCUGCCCCUGGUGGAGUGUGUGCAGAUGACCCAGGGCGUCCAGAAGGCGAUGGAUGAGAAAAGAUUCAAGGAGGCCGUGCAGCUCCGAGGAAGGAGCUUUGAGGGCAACCUCAACAUCUACCAGCAGCUCUGCAUCAAGAAGCCAGACUCCCAGAUCACCAAGAGUGGCUGCAACGUGGCCGUCAUCAACGUGGGUGCCCCGGCUGCCGGGAUGAACGCUGCUGUGCGCUCGGCCGUGCGGGUUGGCAUCUCAGAAGGACACAAGAUGUUUGCCGUCUAUGAUGGCUUUGAGGGCUUCGCCAAAGGCCAGAUAAAAGAAAUCGGCUGGUCGGAUGUUGGAGGCUGGACGGGACAAGGUGGCUCCAUUCUUGGGACAAAACGGAUCCUCCCCGCGAAGUACUUGAAAGACAUCGCUUCACAGAUGCGCGCCCACAGCAUCAACGCGCUGCUCAUCAUCGGUGGGUUUGAGGCCUACCUGGGGCUGCUGGAACUGUCAGCCGCCCGGGAGAAGCACGAGGAGUUCUGUGUCCCCAUGAUCAUGGUUCCCGCCACCGUGUCCAACAACGUGCCGGGGUCCGAUUUCAGCAUCGGUGCCGACACCGCUCUGAACACCAUCACUGACACGUGCGACCGCAUCAAGCAGUCCGCCAGCGGGACUAAACGCCGUGUGUUCAUCAUCGAGACCAUGGGCGGCUACUGUGGCUACCUGGCCAACAUGGGGGCCCUGUCGGCCGGGGCUGACGCUGCCUACAUCUUCGAGGAGCCCUUCGACAUCCGAGACCUGCAGAGCAACGUGGAGCACCUGACAGAGAAGAUGAAGACCAGCAUUCAGAGGGGCCUCGUGCUCAGAAACGAGAGCUGCAAUGAGAACUACACCACCGACUUCAUCUACCAGCUCUACUCAGAGGAGGGCAGAGGGGUGUUCGACUGCAGGAAGAACGUGCUGGGCCACAUGCAGCAGGGAGGAGCGCCUUCCCCGUUUGACAGAAACUUUGGAACCAAAAUCUCUGCCCGGGCCAUGCAGUGGAUCACGGGGAAGCUGAAGGAGAUGCAAGGAAAAGGAAGAAAGUUCGUAACGGAUGAUUCCAUCUGCGUGCUGGGAAUAAACCAAAGAAACCUCCUUUUCCGACCCGUGGCAGAGCUGAAGGAAGAGACAGACUUUGAGCACCGAAUUCCCAAAGUGCAGUGGUGGCUGAAGCUGCGGCCCCUCAUGAAGAUCCUGGCCAAGUACAAGGCCAGCUUCGAGGUCUCGGUACCGAGCCAGUUGGACCACGUUCACUUUGGCCCCGAGGAGCCUGCAGCCAUCUAGGCGCCACCGCCCGCCAGCGAUUCGAUUCGUCGGACUUCCUGUUUACUGCCCGUUUUUGUAACACUUAUGUUAUUUAUCAGUAUCAGCACUUUAUGUGAGUACUGUGGACGUUAAUCCCCAGUCACAGAGCACCGCCCCGUACCCUUCUCACCCCCGUUGGAUCCAGUGAGUUGUCUGCUGUGUCACAUACUGUCUCCCGCUUUACCAUGUGCAUUUCCAGUGGGAUUAAACAUUUGGCUGAAACU